AAAGCACUUCAGGAUCUCGUCAGACGAACCAAGAAUGUCAACACACUCGUAGGCGUUAGAUUUCUGUCGUUUACAGUGAAGCCAUGGUUCGCCUGUCAAUCGCGUUGUUGGUGUUGUUUUCCCUCCAGAGCUCAGCACUCGCCUCACACAACGGCUCGGUGCCCUUCCUCCGGACUUUCUCUGGUCACGUUAAAACCGUCACAGACGAGCCCUUCGAAUACGUCGACCUGCCCGACGAGGGGUCCGCCUCGGGGGUGAAAAAGCACCGCCCGCUCCGCCUUCCCCAGAAGCACUAUUACGUCUCGGAGGACACCAAAGAUUUCCUCCGGGGCCGCCUGGCGACGCGCUUCGUCCCGACCGUUUACGCCCUCGUCUUCGUCGUCAGCGUGCCCCUCAACCUCGUCGCCGUGGUGAUGUUCGCGCACCGCGUCCGUCCCAGGAAGCCGGCGGUGAUCUACAUGCUGAACCUGGCCUGCGCCGACCUGCUGUUCGGCCUCCUGCUUCCCUUCAAGAGCGCCUACCACUACCUCGGCAACGACUGGAUCUACGGCGCCGCCAUGUGCCGGGUCGUCACCGCGGCGUUCUACUGCAACAUGUACUGCUCCGUGCUGCUCGUGACGUGCAUCAGCGUCGACCGCUUCCUGGCGGUGGUCUACCCCAUGAACUCCCUGACGUGGCGCAGCCCUCAGACGGCCGCCGCCGCGUGUGCCGCCAUGUGGCUGUUGGCCCUCGGGGGCGUCGCCCCUCUCCUCGUCUCCGGGCAAACCCUCCAUCUGUCCGACUUGGGCAUCACCACCUGCCACGAUGUGCAGGACGUGGAGCGACUGCAGGCGUACUAUCGGUACUUCUUCCCCAUCUACUCCUCCGUGUUCUUCUUCGUCCCGCUCGUCGUCACCGCCGUCUGCUACGUCCGUAUUAUUCAGGCUCUGGCGGCGGCCAACGUGGAGAACCGCUUCAGGAAGACCCGAGCGGUGGUGAUGGCCGCGGUGGUGCUGGUGGUGUUUGUGGUCUGCUUCGCCCCCACCAACGUCCUCCUGAUGGUGCACUACGUCCAGCUGUCCCACGCGACCGGCGGCGGCGGCGGCUCCUACCAGGCCUACCUGCUCUCCAUGUGUGUGGGCAGCCUCAGCUGCUGUCUGGAUCCAGUGCUGUACUACUUUGCCUCCUCCCAGUGCCAGAAGCAGGUGGCGGCGCUGCUCGGGUGUCGGCGACCGGCCCGAGCCAAGAGCGGCUCCCAAACACAGAGCACCAGAAGCAGCGGGCGGAGCGACAGCGGCAGGUCGUGCAAGAUGGAGAAUAUUGAGACCGGCCCGGAGAGCCACUACAGCCGGCUGGUGGCUUAACGACGAGGACACGGGAUGCUGGCUUAGAAGAUUCAGUUUAUUCGUAGAGCCCAUUUUCACAAAUUAGAAAUUUGUCUCAGAGUGCUUUACAAUCUGUACACAUAGACAUCCCUGACCUUUGACCUCACAUCGGAUCAGGAACAACGCCCAAACAACCCUUCAGGGGGAUAAAAAAGUGAAGAAACCUUCAGGAGAACAACAGAAGAGGAUUCCUCUCCAGGAUGGACAGAACAAUAGAUGUCAUGUGACCAGAAGGAAUCAUUACGCAUAAAUUAAAACACAGUAACAACACAAUCAACUAGAACGGGCACUCGGUAGAGCGCAUACCUUCACAUAUCACAAGAUUGGGCAUUGAAUUAUUAACAUUUUGGCAUUAGUUGCAUGCCAAUGGGAUAAAAAUUGACCGCACUAUGGUAAAAAUAAGAUUUUGACCUUUGACCCGAUCGAUCCCAAAAUCUAAUCAAAUGGUCCCCGGAUGAUAACCAAUCAUACCACCAAAUUUCAUGCAAUUCCGUUCAAUACUUUUUGAGUUAUGCGAGUAACACGCAUACAAAUAAAUAAAUAAACGAACGGGCACUCGGUAGAGCGCAUACCUUCGCAUAUCACAAGAUUGGGCAUUGAAUUAUGAACAUUUUGGCAUUAGUUGCAUGACAAUUGGAUAAAAAUUGACCGCGCUAUGGUAAAAAGAAGAUUUUGACCUAUCCAUGACCUUGACCUUGACCUUUGACCCGAUUGAUCCCAAAAUCUAAUCAAAUGGUCCCCGGAUAAUAACCAAUCAUCCCACCAAAUUUCGUGCGAUUCGGUUUCAUACUUUUUUUGUUAUGCGAAUAACACGCAUACAAAUAAAUAAAUAAAUACACGGCGAUCAAAACAUAACCUUCCGCAUUUUCAAUGCGAAGGUAAUGAAAGACACGUCUCCCAACUGUACUUACCGUAUAAUAUAUCUGAAUCCAUGGAUCUAAAUGCUUGGGUUGGGUGAAAGGAGUGUGUCCGGUGCCUUGCAGUGCUAAGUCCACUUAAAUGAGCUUUUAGUUGUUUUGCCAUCCCAUAAUAUACCCACCAGUAUGACAGUGUUUGAUAUGCGUGUUUAAUUUCACAGAGAGCUUGUACACAAUGCCAUUAUUUAUUUUUUCAUAUUCUUGUUUUCAGUGAAUCAUAGGUUAUACACAGUUAAUAAUAAUUAGUUUUAAUCUGAAAAACAUUACAAGUUAUGUAGUAGCUGUAUUGUUGUAGGACCAACAGCCGCUCUAGGUUUUGAUAAGUGUAUAUGUAUUUAUAUAAGCAACAAAAGUAAUCAAUUGAACUGCACUAGCAUUCAUAACCUAUUUAAUUAAAUCAAAACAGAACUACUACAUUAUACAUAUGUUGCUUAAUACUUAUGUUGCUGUUUAUCCAUCUUUUUGUUGUCUUGCCGCUCACUCCUUGUCAUCGGGGCAGAGCUCUGAAACAUAAACAAACACUUUACGAAGAGGCAGAUAUUUCCUCAGCUUUUUAGAAAUGAUGUUCACAGCAUGUGUAUUCCCCCCCUGUGUGCAUUGUACUUCAUGCACUUCAAGUUUGCAGCAUUAAAACAAUGUGUAAUGGUA